CUAAGAAUAGAGUUCUAAAGUGUGACGUCAUCAAAAACCUAUUUUUACAAUUUUUGAAUUUUAAUCACAUAGCGUAAAAGAUCACCAUGAAAUACUUUCAAAUAUGCGAAAUUACCCAGAUAUGUCUGAAAUAAGUUGAGAUAUGGCUAAUGAAAGAUUUGAAGUUUGCUAACGAAUCACUGUUAUUUUGGCUCUGUUCAUAAAGUUAUGAACAGCGACCAAAAUACAGAGGUUUGAUGAGGAGCGAACCAAUAAACAUGUGGCCAUAUCUCUGCCAAUUCGUAACACACUUGCCUGUUUUUGCACAUUUAGCGGUAUUUCAUGAUGCCCUUUCAGGUUAUGGGAUCCAAAUUAAAAAAUUCUAAAACUAGAUUUUUGUGACGUCAUCACUUUAGAACUCUAUAGUACAAUUUACAGAAGCUGAUGCAAUUGCAGCGCAAUGAUGCAAUUGUCAUGUGAUGUCCUGCAAUGAAUGGGAACCCUGUGUUCUAACAAUAGUCUACAAGAACACUUAGGCUCAAAAUCACUAAAAUUUAACAAUAAUGGAAGGCGUAAGCUUCAUUAAGACUUGAAUUUUUUAUUUAUUUUUGUUUUAUCACAAAGCAAAACAACUCUUACUGUCAUUUUCACACUAUCUAUAUGUUUUGAAAUACACUCACCCCUUCUGUGAGUAAUUAACUCUAUCAUGUGACCCAUUAGCCUGUGGUCCAGACAGGGUUUUUUAUAAGAACCAGAUAAUUUUUGCUGAUCCUCGAAGUUUUCAACUUUUCGGUAAUUUUAAACUCAAAUGUUUUUAAAAUUGUUUUUAUUUUAAGAGUGAUUUUUUGCAAAUAUGAUGGUAUAGAAGUGAUUUUGCAGUAACAUUUCACAGACCAGAAUUGAAAGAUGUUUUAAUGUUUACAAAUUGCAUAGUUUUACUAUUCAACUGUUUUCUUUUUAAGUUUUUCAUCUGAGGCUGAGCAUGUUACACCUUGUUCUUAUUUUUUAGGCAAGUCGAGCCUCGGUGUUCUUAUAAAGUGUGUUCUUAUAAAAAAGAGUGUAUGAGCCAACACUCCAAGGAAUUAUUUUAAAGUGUCAAAAGGUUAAAAUCCUUCUGUAAUAUUUAAAAAAAAAAUUAAAAAAAACUAAAAAUCUUACGAGUUUACGCCAAAUAGAUGUGCAGUAAAUCUCAGUAGAUCUAAAAAUCUCGCAGAGAUCACAAUUUUAACAUGUUGUAAUUGUUAAGCAGUGAUAUUCAAAGACUUCGUUUUUUAAAAUUAUAUUUUAAAAUAAAGAUUUCCUAUCUUCAAAAUCUGAUAUUUCACUUUGGCAUUAGAAAGUGCCUUAAACAAACAACUAAGAGAAUUCCCUUUACUCGCGCCUCUCCUAAAAAAUGCUUUUUUGAAAUCGAAAUACAAACACCCUUCAAAUUCCUAUUCUUAGCAUUCUAGUUUAUCGUGAAUAUCACGUUUCAAAUUUUCAUUCAACGGGAGUCAAAAUUACCAAGUUGUUAAGGUUUUAAGUCAAUACCAUUAAAGAAUGUUCGGUAUUCAUUUGAAAUUUCCCAGAUUAAGACUGGAUUAGGUACAAGUUGUCAUUACUCAAGAAUAGUAAAUGAAAACUCAAAUAUAGUUUUUGAAGAAAAUUGCAAUUCUAUGAUACAAACCCUGUGUAAUGUAACUGCAUGAUACAAAGAUUUCGUAGAUUGCAAAAAGAAAUUUUGUUAGAAUAAUUUUCUCAACGCAAUCACAGCCUCCGAGGAAGAAGGGGGUCGCUGGGGCAUUGCCUCCAAAUUUCAUGCAUUUUGGUCUUUAAUUGUCUCCCAUACUUUGCAAUUUACGUUUGAGCUCCUGGCAAAACAAACAAAACUUUGCUGAUAAACCUAGACUUCUGUAUCAUACUGUAAUAUUUCACGAGCUUUUCAAUUACACUUCAUCAUAGCCUUAGAGGUCUGGAACUAGACUUGAUUUCCCGCCAAGAUUAAAUUUCUCACGUCAUGCACGUAAAUACGAGAAGCUUCUCAACAAAAGCAAAAACGGCAAGUUUGUCUGGCAAUUUUUGUACGUAUUCUUUAAAUUCAAAUUGUUACCGAACAUUUAAUUUGUGAUUGUGAUUUUUCGGUAACCGCUAAAGCACAAACAGAAAUUAAAGAUACUUAGCAAAGAAUAAUGGACAAGCAACAUAAUUCAGAGAGUAUUGUGGCUUACGAGAAUGAUGAAGCUCCACCAAUUCCACGCGACAAAAAGAGAGAACAAAAGGAAUCGACGGAAGAGCAAAAAGAUAUUAAAACCAAGAAACACAAGAAAAAUAGCAAGAAGCCAAUAGUGAGCACAUCUUCCGACCAACUCUUUGAUCAAGCACAAUCCUUGAUAGCAGAAAUCAAUGACAAAAGGAAAAAUGAUUCUAUGCUGUUGACAGAGUUUAAGAAAACGAUGGAGUUGCUUUUGGAGAAAUGCAAUUCAGCAUUAGAAAGAUCCCUGUUUCAAAGUUACAGCACGACAGGCAACAUAAUGCAAGAGAAACUGCAAGAUUUAUACACAACAUUGGACAGGAUAAGUACGAACAUGAAUCAUUCACAUUAUAAUCAGAAUCAUCAACUAGAUUAUUGGUUAAGAAGGAUGUUUAAAGUGCUGACGAAAGAAAGUGGAAGACAUUAA